GUUUGUGUUUCCUUUGUGUUUUUUUUCAUUAAUUCAUUUUAAUUGUUGAUUAAGGGAAUUUUGUUUAAUUGUUGAUAGUCUUUAUUAGUUUCUUCAAUCGAUCGUUUAUCUUUUUCUUAUGUUUAAUCGUAUCGGGUAAUUAGAGUUGGUUAUUGAUUAGUUUGUUUAUUUUUUACUCUUAUGAAAUUAGAUCAAUUUACUGAUUGUUUGAUUACAUUUUCCCUUCCGGUUGGAUGAUUUUAUGUUUUCUAAACAUAAUAUUUUGAUUUCUUUACGAUCCUCAACUUGGACUAAUCUACUUGGACAAUUUAAGUUUCAUAAAUCUUCAAUUGAAUCUGCAUCAUUGGUGAAAAAAAAUCACAUCGGUUCACAGAAGAUUUUUGCAAACAACUUGUACUCAACUCACACCAAAUCAAAUUUAUUUGGUAAUUAUUCAAGUCAACUAGGAUCUCGGCAUCAACGAUUUACCAGUAAAAUGGACGUUAAUUACCCAAGCCUAGAAGGAGUAAUUCGUGUUCUCAAUGAAAUUGCACCUUUACACUUAGCGGAAAGUUGGGACAAUGUUGGACUACUUGUUGAACCAUUUACGACAAUAUCUAUUGGUAAAAUUGUUCUCACCAUAGAUUUAACGGAAAAGGUUAUCGAAGAAGCUAAAACCUAUGGAACCGAGUUAAUUAUUGCCUAUCAUCCACCCAUCUUUCAACCAAUCAAGUCAAUUAACCACAGAACUUGGAAAGAAAGAUUAUUAUUGGAUUGUAUUCAAUGUGGAAUCGCCGUUUAUUCACCACACACUGCAUUAGAUGCCAUAAAGGACGGAAUCAAUGAUUGGCUUUUAUCGCCGUUUAACAUCAAAGAAGUGAGGCCAAUCAACCAAAGUUCAAUGGACACCCGAUCAACGAAUCACUACUCUUAUCGUUUAGAAACUGUGGUCGCCAAUGAGAAUGACAAUAAGCUUCUCGAAAGAAUCGAAAAAUUAGGAAAAGUGUUAAAGCUUCCUUCAUCCGCUGUUAUUUAUACCGAAGAUAAAAAUUUACCUUUAAUCAUAAACAUUUUAUCAGAAAAUGUCUCAACAAAAGCUUCUAUUCACCUUUCUAAACUUGACAUUCCUCCAUUACCUGGUUUCGGUGUUGGAAGAAUAGCCAAUUUAACCCAAGAAUUAACCAUUCAGGAGAUAAUUAACAGAACCAAACAACUACUGAAAUUGGAACAUGUUAGACUUGCUCUAUCACCUAAACAUAAAUUAGAGUCAACAGUCAAUAGUAUCGGAGUUUGUGCUGGUUCUGGUGGAUCAGUUUUACGUGGAUUACCAGUUGAUUUACUAAUUACUGGAGAAAUGUCUCAUCAUGAAGUUCUAGAUGCUCUUUAUGCAAAUGGCUCCUCGGUGAUACUUUGUGAACACACCAACACUGAACGUGGUUAUUUACAAGUAUUAAGAGAAAAAAUAAUCUCUAAACUAAACAAUGGUAAUGUUGAAAUAAUCGUCGCUAAAUCAGAUGCAGAUCCGUUAAAUAUAAUCUAAUAUAAUUAACCAAUAGUCGAUUCAAUCUUGUUGUUGUAGUAAUCAACUUAAAACUACAUCAAUUUAGAAGUGUCUUUUUUUGUUUAUUAUCGUUUUGAUUAGGAAGCCAAAUUGAGAGUUUACUUAAUCAGCAUAUAAUAAAUAUUUUAAAUUAGA